AUGUCCGACCCAACUCUCUACCUGUACACAUCGUUGACCGCGGGGUCAUCGCACAUCGUCACCGCCACUGCCCGCAUCGAGACAAUUCUCAAAGCAAACAAGCUCCCUUUCCGCGCUGUUGAUGUCGCCACCGACGAUGCUGCUCGGAAACUCUGGGGCCGUCGCUCCAAGGGCAAGAAACUACCUGGCUUGGUCAAAUACGGCGACAUUGUGGGAGACCUUGAACAAAUCGAAGAAUGGAACGAAUUCGGCGAGCUCCGUCUGGUAAUUCUCAGCGUCCAGGACCUGGGUGGAAUGCCAGCAACCAGCUGCCCAAUCCCCGCGACCGAUGGCAAGACCGAGCCCGAACCCGCAACCCCCAAGCCCUCCACAAUUAAGAUCCAAAGCCCACCCACCAAGACCGAAGAGAAGAAGGAUGACAAGGCCGUGCUUGCACUGCGUCAGGCUAGCUCAGAGGCUGCAUCCAAGGCCGCGUCCAAGACCGAAGAGAAGAAGGAACCCGCUGAGAAGCCAGCUCCCCGUGGGCACCGCGGUUCUGUCGCUGCCGAGCUUCCAGACACUGCGCCUGAUUCGCCGAAGGCCGCCAAACGCCCCGUCCUCAUUCCUGAAAUGGCGGCUGUGUCAUCGGCUAACUUCCACGCAGAGAACGCCGAGGCGCUUGGGCUUGUUGAGCAUCAUCGCGGUUCUAUCAUUUCGACUACGGAUAAGGAUGAGCAAGAUAAGGUUGUGCGCGAGAUUAGGGCGUCUAUCACUGCCGAUGAGCCUACUGCCAACCUUGACUCUAUCCGCAAGCAGGCUGCGGAGCAGACAGGAUCCGACACGAUUGAAGAGGUUGCGACACCGCUCUUCGAGGAUGUGAAUGAUACCAAAAUGGCGGCUGCAGCUGAGGAAUUCAAGGCUGAGGAACCCAAGACCGAGACCAAGGAGUCGGAGGUCAAAGAGGCUGUGAAGGAGGAUGAGCCCAAGGAGUCCAAGUCUGAGGAGAUCAAGGAACAGGAAGACACAAAGGACAAGGCGGGGUCCAAAGACUAA